UUACUGAGUCAGGAAAAAAGGUGGUCCCAGUCCGAAAACACCGUUUCCAAGCAGGCGGUCUCAGUUUCAUAAUUUUCUUCUCAUAUUGCUUCGUCCCUCAAGCGAUACAAACACGUUAACAACCAUUAUUUUUGGACACAAGAUAUUCAUGUUAGCAAAAAACUAAGGAGGUACUAUCUUUCUAACAGGAUUAAAGUUUUAGAAACACGGUGAAAUGAAGAAAAGAGCUGACACUGGAGUGGAGAGGCUGGCGCUGGGAAUCUCGCCUUCUUCCUCCCACCACCGCCUGUAAGAAAACCCCUCUUAAGAUUUACUUUCUUGUGAUUGACAUUGACUGGAUUUCAGGCAAUUCUGGAUUGUGGUUUGGAGAGGUAACUGAUUGUGGGACUGGACGUGUCCCUUUGUGGCAUUUUCUGGUGUGGCACUGCACCGUGCACCGAUUGGAUGUUGCCUGGGAGCUGAGGAUGUGCUGCUGGCACCAGGAAGGAAGGAUUUUGAUGUGAUGGGGUGCAGGACGAGCAAAGUCCUCCCAGAGCCACCCGCUGAUGUCCAACUUGACUUAGUCAAAAAAGUAGAGCCACAUCAGACUGAUGUCUAUAAAAACUUCAUUAAAAGUGAUGGCGGCGGGACGAAAACAGGCUCGCCAUCCCCUCAGGGUCAAAGCCAGGCUGCUGCGAAGGUGAGCCAGUCCCCUCCUCCAGCUAACAGUCAGACGGAGCCUGCUGACCCACACCGGAAAAAAGUAGCCAAAUACAGGGCCAAAUUUGACCCUCGAGUGACUGCUAAGUAUGAUAUCAAAGCUUUGAUAGGCCGGGGCAGUUUCAGUCGGGUAGUACGAGUGGAACACAGAAGCACACGGCAGCCAUAUGCCAUCAAGAUGAUCGAGACUCGCUACCGUGAGGGCAGAGAAGUAUGUGAAUCUGAACUUUGCGUGCUGCGACGGGUGCGCCACACCAACAUCAUUCAACUGAUGGAGGUGUUUGAGACGGCUGAGCGGGUCUACAUGGUGAUGGAGCUGGCCACCGGCGGAGAACUGUUCGAUCGCAUCAUCGCCCGUGGCUCUUUCACAGAAAGGGAUGCCACGCGAGUGCUGCAGAUGGUUCUCGAUGGGGUGAAGUACCUCCAUACGUUGGGCAUCACGCACAGGGACCUAAAGCCUGAAAACUUGCUUUACUACCAUCCUGGUGCUGAUUCCAAGAUUAUGAUCACAGACUUUGGCUUGGCCAGCACACGGAAGAAAGGAGACGAAUGCCUGAUGAAGACUACCUGUGGAACACCUGAGUACAUCGCUCCUGAGAUACUCGUGCGAAAGCCGUACACUAAUGCAGUAGACAUGUGGGCACUGGGAGUCAUCUCCUACAUACUGCUCAGUGGCACCAUGCCUUUUGAGGAUGACAAUCGCAUGCGCCUGUACCGACAGAUCCUCAAAGGGAAAUACAGCUUCUCCGGGGAGCCAUGGCCAAGUGUUUCCAAUCUUGCGAAGGACUUCAUUGACCGUGUCCUUACAGUGGAUCACACUGAGCGUCUGACUGCGGGCCAGGCACUUAAACAUCCUUGGAUUGUCAGCAUGGCUGCUUCCUCCUCCAUGAAGAACCUGCAGCGGUCCAUUUCCCAGAACCUCCUGAAGAGAGCAUCAUCACGCUGCCACAGCACCAAAUCAGCACAGUCCACUCGCUCCAGCCGCUCCACGAAGUCCAGCAAGGCACGACGUGUUCGUGAGAAGGAGCUGCGGGAACUUAAUCGCCGUUACCAGCAGCAGUGCAGCAGUUGAGAGCGACGUGACAAACAAGACUGUGAGACAAGACUUUGUGUACCUUACGAAAAAACAUCGGAACAGAUGCAGGAACGGAGCAGAGCAACAUUGUGCCUCAACUUAGAUUGUCAACUUCCUGCUCCAUCACCACAGAGCCAAUUAGCAGAAAACCUCCUUCUAAACUUUCAUUCAUUUUCUAUUUUUCUGCUGUUUCUCUCUUGUUUAUUACCUUUUAUGUGAUUGUUUUAUUUAUUUAUUGUUGAUGUAUUUUCCUUGGAAAUGAUCUCAUUCAGCCUUUUACCUGAUUGUAUCUGUUGAACAGAAAUUUAACAGAAGUUGCUGGAAGGAUUAAGAAAGAAUACACCUUCCUGAUUUUUGCUGUGAAUUAUUUUUUAUGGUACCCACUGGAAGACUGCUCUUCUAAUGGGGGAAACGUGCUGUUUAUUCAUUAUUAGCAACAAAUCACAUCAACAUGUGAUAGUUUAUUGUGCCUUAAUAUCACUUUGAACAUGAUGGAAAGGUAAGAAUCAAAUAGUUGGUAAUUGCUUUGGAAGUAACCACGUAUAUAUCACAUUUGCAAAGAUACACACAUUGUAAACUCUUAAUAUUGUGGGUGUUUAGUUAUGAGCAUUAAAGGGGUAGUUCACACAAAUAUGAAAAUUCUGUCUUCGUUUAUUCACGAAAAGAGAAGAAAAUAAGAUAUUUUGAAGAACUGUUUUUGUCCAUACAAUGAGUCCAAGUCAGUGGGGUCCAAAACAAUAGUAAACUUCACUGACUUUAAUUGUAUGGCCAAAAAAAUAACA